AUGCCAAACCGUAACGUUAUAGAGCUGAAUAGUGUGCAAAAUGCUUCUCGGACAAUUACAAUCUCUUCUUAUAAUAUUCUCUGCCGACACUAUAUGUGGGAGAAGGUUUACGGACAUCUUCCACCAGAGUUUAGGAGCUGGCGAAAUCGAUUCAACCUUCUCAAUAAGAACUUCAGUGAUAUGUCGAAGUUCUGCGAUAUAAUGUGCUUCCAAGAGAUGGAGUUCAAAAUGUAUGUCGAGUUUUGGGAGGAAUACAUGCGAGGGAAGAACUUCGGAUCCAUUUUUGAACGGAAGCUUUCUCCUCGGUAUUGGGAUAGAAACUUGGUUAUGAUGGACGGCGUCUCCAUUUUCUACAACCAGGAGACAUUUAAGCUACUCAAUUACGAAAGAAUUGAGUUGGCAUCAUUCUUUAAAAACCCCGCAUUAUACGAACAGACAAAGGACACAGCACAUAGACUUGUUUCUAGGAAUACCGUGGCCUUGAUAGCUGUCCUACAGCAUGUUAGAACGCAUGAAGUGUUCUUCGUUGCCAAUACCCAUUUGUAUUGGUCCCCGAGACAUGAGGACGUUAAAUUAUUGCAAGCAUAUGAAUUGACUGAACUGAUUUGGAAGGCAGUACGACGCUAUUACCAAUUAAGCGAGAGUGAAACCAGAAGUAAAUUGCAGAGUAAAGACGGGAUCAACAUAAUUUUAGCGGGAGAUUUCAAUUCUUCCCCAGAAUCUCUGGUAUAUCGGUACUUGACAGACGGAUAUAUAGACAUUACCAAGGAGCCAGCAAUGCAGAAUUACAAUUAUGGCCAUACAGUGGGCCCAAGACUUGGAGAUCGCAUGGGAAAAUUCACGUCUCCAUACAAGGAUUUGUAUGAUCAAGGCACAUUCACUAGAACCGCUUAUCUUCCGAAAUUCAAGAAGAUGAUUGAUUAUAUUUGGCUUAACGAGUAUUCCAAGAGACUCAAGGUGACAAAAGUUUUGGAUGAGUUGAAAGAUGAUGAUCUUCACGACUAUUUGGGAUUUCCAAAUCUGGAUUAUCCAAGCGAUCAUUUACCCAUAGUCACGGAGCUAGAAGUGAUGCCGAGGGAGCUACCCAAUGACAACUGA